GGGUACCGUGUGUUCCGGCGGUGUGUUUGUACAUUGUUAAAGCUUGGCAGAGCACCAGCCGGGAGCCUGCAGGCGGGGCUCCACCAGAACGUCCGAAUUGGCUGCGUCGGCGCUCGGGCUGGGCGCCCCCUCCCGCGCAGUGCAGCCUCCAGCCUGGACCAGCCCAGCGCCUGCCCGUUUAAGGAGCAGGACUGUACCACCAGAACUUUCUUGACGGGUGGCGGGGGGCGUAUUCGGGCGAACUCGGACAACUUUAAGUGAUCCAAAAGACGAUUUCCUUUUUCUUCCGCCUCGGCCCGAGUUCUAGUGCUGUUCGGUGGGAGCCGUGAGCUGGUGGGCUUUGGACGUGGGCCUCUUCCGUCACCUUUCUCCGGAGCAGUCCUGGGGCGCUCGCUCCGAAAUCGGACGCGGUGUUCCCCGGCCCGUCCAAAGUGUAGUCUGCCUGCAGAGGCCCGGGUGCCCGGAUGUCCAUCAGGAUUAGGGAGAGCCAAUACGGUCCGAGCCGGAGCCUGCGCUGAGCACGCCCUGGCUCGGGAGCAGGUAGCCCCGCAAGCUCGGGGCGCCGCGUUCGGGAGCGGUCCCCGCCGGGCUCCGGCAAAUGGUGAGCGUGGCGCUGGCACAAGGGCCGCGGGUGGAAGGCUCUGAUGGACAGGAGACCCUGAGCUCUACCAGCUGAACGAUGGCAGCCCAGUCAAGCUUGUACAAUGAAGACAGAAACCUGCUUCGAAUUAGAGAGAAGGAAAGACGCAACCAGGAAGCUCACCAAGAGAAAGAGGCAUUUCCUGAAAAGAUUCCCCUUUUUGGAGAGCCCUACAAGACAGAAAAAGGUGAUGAGCUAUCCAGUCGAAUACAGAAUAUGUUGGGAAACUAUGAAGAAGUAAAGGAGUUACUUAGUACCAAGUCCCAUACUCAUCGUUUGGAUGCUCCUGAAAGCAGGUUGGGAAAGCCAAGAUAUCCUUUAUUUCCUGAGAAGGGGAGCAAAAUUCCAUCGCACUCUUUCAACACCAGUGUCCGUCACCAGCCUAUUAGCACUCCUGCCUCUGGACCACUUCCUGCAGGUAACAUUAGCCACAAUCCAAAGAUGGCACAGCCAAGAAUGGAAUCCAUGCCAAGUCUCCAUGUCAAAAGCUAUGCACCCCCGGACAGCCAGCACCUAGCCCAAGAUCGCCUUGGUCAGGAGGGCUACAGCUCUGGUCAUCACAAAAAUGGUGAUCGCAGAGCUGAUGGAGACCACUGUAGUUCGAUGACAGACUCAGCUCCAGAGAGGAGGCUUUCUCCUUUACUCUCCUCUUUACCUUCCCCAGUACCUCCUUUAUCACCGGUACAUUCCAACCAGCAAAAUCUUCCCAGGACACAAGGAAGCAACAAGGUUCACAGCAGUAACAAUAACAAUAAAGGCUACUGCCCCGCCAAAUCACCCAAGGACCUAGCAGUAAAGGUCCGAGAUAAAGAGACCCCUCAGGACAGUUUAGUGGCAGUUUCCAGCCUUGGGGUAGUCCCUCCCCAGCCACCUUCUCAGUCUUUUCCCCCACCCUCCCUCCCCUCAAAAAGCGUUGCAAUGCAGCAGAAGCCCACGGCUUAUGUCCGGCCCAUGGAUGGUCAAGAUCAAGCUCCUAGUGAGUCUCCUGAACUAAAACCACCGCCGGAGGAUUACCGGCAACAGACCUUUGAAAAAACUGACUUAAAAGUGCCUGCCAAAUCUAAGCUCACUAAGCUGAAAAUGCCUUCUCAGUCAGUUGAGCAGACCUAUUCCAGUGAAGUCCAUUGUGUUGAAGAGAUUCUGAAGGAAAUGACCCAUUCAUGGCCUCCUCCUUUGACAGCAAUACAUACCCCUAGUACAGCAGAGCCCACCAAAUUUCCUUUUCCCACAAAGGAUUCUCAGCACAUCAGUUCUGCAACCCAAAACCAAAAACAAUAUGAUACAACUUCAAAAACCCACCCUAACUCUCAGCAGGGAACAUCUGUCUGUGUCCCUGCCCGUUUUAGCAUGCUUGAAGAUGACCUUCAGCUCAGUGACAGUGAGGACAGUGAGAUCGAACAAACCCCAGAGAAGCCUCCUUCUGCAUCUGCACCACCAAGCGCUCCACAGUCGCUUCCAGAAGCAGCGGCUUCAGCACAUUCCAGUGGUGCAGAGUCAGAGAGCACCAGUGACUCAGACAGCUCCUCGGACUCGGAGAGUGAGAGCAGCUCAAGUGACAGCGAGGAGAAUGAGCCCCAUGAACCCCCGGCUCCUGAGCCUGAACCUCCUACGACAAACAAAUGGCAGCUAGACAACUGGCUGACCAAAGUCAGCCAGCCAGCAGUGCCACCAGAAGCCCUGGGGACCGCAGAACCACCACCUCAGCACCCAGAUGAGAAGGGCAAGGGUGGUGAUGGUAGCACCACUAGUCACGAGCACUCGGAAUCCAAAGAUCCUCCCCCCAAAGGCUCCGGCAGAGCCCCACGGGUCCCUCCUGAAGGCCAUCACACUGGCAAGAGGAGCUGUCAGAAGUCCCCUGCCCAACAGGAGCUGCCACAGAGGCAGACUGUCGGAACCAAACAACCCAAAAACCCCAUCAAGGCCUCUGCCCCAGCGGACUCUCGGGCCAGCUUGCAGGUAGAGAGUGAGCCGGGACCUCCCCAUGGAUCCAAGGACCAGCCUUCCAAAGAAAAGCCCAAGGUGAAGACGAAAGGGAGGCCCCGUGCUGGAGACGGCAGAGAGCCUAAGCCAGCCGUGCCAACCCCCAGUGAAAAGAAGAAGCACAGGGGUGGGCCCCCGGCCCCCUCAAAGGUGCUCUUGGGUCCUGAGCCCACAAAUGACAAUGUGGAGGACAGAAGCCCUGAGCAUUUGGCCCUCGUUCCCCUGACUCAGAGCCAGGGUCCCACACACGACAGUGGCAUUAGUGGCAGGACUAGUGGCUGUCGCCGGGCAGUGGUGGUGCAGGAGGACCGCAGGAAGGGCAAACUCCCGGUGCCUUUGAAAGACACCAAGCUGCUCUCCCCACUCAGGGACACUCCUCCCCCACAAAGCUUGAUGGUGAAGAUAACCCUCGACCUCCUCUCCUGGGUGCCCCAGCCACCUGGGAAGGGCAGCCACCAGAAGAAACCAGAGGACAAACAGCCAUCGGCAGGGAAGAAACUGGAUUCUGAGAAGAAAAGCUCAGACAACUCAAGCAAGUUGGCCAAAAAGAGAAAGGGUGAAGCAGAAAGAGAUCAUGAGAGCAAGAAAGUCAGACUGGAGAAAGACACUAAAUCGCAGUCAUCAUCUUCAUCUUCCCACAAAGAAUCUUCUAAAACAAAAACACCCAGGCCCUCCUCUGAGCCCUCAAAGAAGGAAAUGCUUCCCCCCACACUUGUGUCAUCGUCGUCGUCCACCUCCUCCUCUUCUUCAUCCUCAUCCUCCCAGAAGCCAGCUAAGCCUGCACAAAAGAGGCCAAGGCGGGAAGCACACCCCUGUGGCCAGGACCCUCCCAAAAGUGCCAGUAAUACCAAGGACAACCAUAAGGACUCUCCUGCCCCCAGGCGCAGAAAAACAGAGGGGAAGGGCUCUGGAAGCUCUACAGAACACAAAGGAUCUUCUGGAGAUACUGCAAAUCCUUUUCCAGUGCCUUCUUUGCCGAAUGGUAACUCAAAACCAGGGAAGCCUCAAGUGAAGUUUGACAGACAAGCAGAUCUUCACAUGAAGGAGGCAAAAAAGUUGAAGCAAAGAGCAGAGUUAAUGACGGACAAGGUUGGGAAGGCCUUUAAGUACUUGGAAGCCGCCUUGUCCCUCAUCGAGUGUGGGAUUGCCAUGGAGUCUGAAAGCCCGGCGUCCAAGUCAGCUUACUCGGUGUACUCUGAAACCGAAGACCUCAUUAAAUUCAUAAUGUCAUUAAAGCCUUUCACAGACCCCACAGGAUCAACACAAGAGAAAAUAUUUGCUAUUUUAUGCAUGCGUUGCCAGUCAGUUUUGAACAUGGCGAUGUUUCGUUGUAAAAAAGACAGAGCAAUAAAGUAUUCUCGUACUCUUAAUGAACACUUCCAGAGCUCUUCCAAAGUUACACAGGCACCUUCUCCAUGCAUUGCAAGAAGCACAGGCACACCAUCCCCUCUCUCUCCAAUGCCUUCCUCUGCCAGCUGCGCAGGGUCCCAGUCGAGUGCUGGCAGUGUGGGGAGCAGUGGGAUGCCUGCCGCUAUCCAAAACAUGACCUCUUCCUACAUCACCAUCACUUCCCACAUUUUUACCGCCUUUGAUCUUUGGGAGCAGGCUGAGAUCCUCACAAGGAAGAAUAAAGAGUUUUUUGCUCAGCUCAGCACAAGCGCAUGCACGUUGGCUCUGAACAGCAGUUUGGUGGAUCUGGUGCACUACACGAGACAGGGUUUUCAGUGGCUCAAACAAGGAACCAAAACACCUUAACGGAGGCCCAAGUUGAUUUGAUGCCUUGGGCCCUAUUUUGCACAUUGGAAGCUUCAAAAAUGGUCCAGACCUUUGUCUCAUCAGGACACCAAACUUGAGAAGCACCAUGAGAUGGCCAGGACAGCUGUCCACUUAAACUCUCAAGAAUGAUGUGGUCGUUGGUUGGGCACGAUGGUUAUGCAGAAGUAGGAAUGAGGAGACUGGCUUCAGAGAUGACCUUUGCCUUUCGAAAAAAAAAGGACAGAAGUGCAAUGUAGCCUAAGAGGGGUAUACGAAUGGUCUAGAAACAUUUCUGUAUUUUUUUAACCAGCAGGAUGAAAAUUGCAAAUGAAAUGAGAAGCAGUUUCAACUCUGAAAGCGAAUUCACGUCAUCUCAGUAGCCACACUAGUCCAUUCCCAGAAGGAAGUAUUUUUAACAAUGAAUUUUGGUGGUGUAGGGUUCUGUGGAUGAUUUUUUUUUCUUUUAAGUUUUUUUGGAAAAUAUUUGUUUAGUAAAUUCUAACAGCCAUCUGUAAAAUAUAAAUUGUGAAGGACCCCAAUCUACCCCACUUUCUGCCAGUGAACAGUUGCUCUGAUGAUACCAAGUAUUGUUGUAACUUAGAGAAUUGAAGGCAACCCUCCCACUGCCUAGAGUACUGCACGCCCACCCCAGCCCUGAUUUCUUCAUUGCUGUGUUGAAAGUCAGCCCGAGUUGGAGCAGUGGAAGGAGGCGCUGCAGCACACAUGGAGGCCAUCAGAGGACGUGAUGCUGUCGUUCUCACCCCCAGCUUCAGCAAAAAGCAAUCUCUAAUGACUAUAUUCUGAAUUUUCUACUUGGGGAAGAAGGGAACCAACAUUUAUACAUAACCAGUUGGCUAAAGGGCUUUUAAAGUUUUGUUUAAGGAGAGCUGGAAUUUGAGGUGCUGAUCUGUGGUCUACAGUUAUGCAGUAACUCACGUUGUCUUACCAACUCAGAGUUUUGUCAGCGAACACAGACAAAUGAGAUCUACUUAGAGAGGCUAUAUUUUUCUGCUACGAAUUAUUUUAUAUUUAUAGCAAAACUAGACUUUCAGAGCCCUUAAUUGUCUAGGGGAAAUUAACUCCCGGAAAGGAUAUGGAGAUUUGGGAUGGUUCAUUAGACUUAAAAAAAAAAAAAAAAUCACCGCCACAUGCCUUCGUUCCAGAGUGUUCUCAGUCAACUAGAUUUUGACAGACUGAAGAGGAACUGUGGCCUUCCCGUCAGUUGUUGUUGCCAUAUUGUAUACAUUAAGCCAAGUUCAUUUCGAGUGACCUAAACUGAAAGAACAGAUCCGAAUCCCACAUAUCCGCAAGCACAGAUUUUCUUUUUCAUUGACACUUUGAAGGUUAUUAUUGGAAGCAUUAUUUUGAGUGCCAAUUUUUUUACCCCUUUUAGAAGUAGAAUUUGCACACAUUAAAAUUGAGGACUGAGUGUUAUCUCUACAAUUGGUUUCUUUUUCUCCCUUUACCCCAUCCUACCCCUCUACAUGUUUUCUACUAAGCAUGUUUGACAUUUUCCUAUUUAUUUAUUAGUGAAAGAAGGGAGUGAAUGUGUCUAAGGUCCAUAUAAUGAAUAUAAUAAUUUUCUUGGUGAUUUGGCAAAUAUAUAAAGGGAUGUAUAGAAGAUGAGAGUGACUCUUGUUUUCCACAGCAUGAAUUGUGUGAAGCUGUUAUUACUUCACUGACUUACUCAGCCUGUUUUGUCUCACGAACUAGGGCCGAGGUCUGUUACUUCAUAUUUAGGUUAAACCAGAGAAUUAACAGUAGUAGUAAACUGUGAGCAUAAGAACUUCAUGUGUGGUCUCAACAUUUUAGAGCAAAGCCACUGUCCUUUUUAAAUUACUCAUUUAAAAAGCAACCUGUGAUUAAAUGAGCAAUAAUUGACUGGUAGGUUGUAUGCUUGUGACAUUGUGCACCCUCUUGUAUGUAGGAGACAAGAUUCCAGAACCAGGCACAUGUAAUCAUUGAACAUCUCCUUUUCUUCCCUUUAUUCCCUUGGCCAGUCCUGCCCCCUGCACCCCAGUGCUCCCCGGUGUAUGUUACCUGUCAUUUGGGAAGGACGUAUUCUCUGGGACAGGUGCUUAUCUGCACUGGCUGUGCCAGAGUGAGCGUAUCCUGUCAGUGAGCCACGGUGCUCCCUUAGCCGGGGUGUUUCCAACUUGAUUUCUCAGCGAACACUAAAAGAAGUGGUUGCUUUUGCAGUGGCCUUAAGCUUGGUGUUUUCUUUCUCCCUGACCUUUACGUUAAAUUUUAGUUGUCCCUUGGAAAACGAAUGAUUUUGCAGAGAUCAGCUUAUUUUGAUCACGGACUGAAGCAUGCAUUCUUCCUCAAAGAGAACACCUAGUGCCUACUUUUUGAAUAAGUAUGUAAAAGGUGGUGACUUGAUGACUCCUUCAUGUUCAUCGGAUUUUUUUUGGCUGUUACAGUUGUAUAUAGAAAUCAAAAGGCUUUGUAAAUCUUUUACACUUUUUCACUGCAUGCUUACAUUUCGAAAGAAUGUGUACUGAGGUAGAUAAUUGAAAAGACUAGUUUUAAAAUUAAGCCUUUGACUAUGUGAAGUUCUUACAGCAGUAACAGUAUGCACUUCACAGUGAGGCAAUGCAAAACAUCUGGAGUGAAAACUGAGUGUGAAAUCUUGCUUUUGCCACUACAGUUUCAUGUGUCAUUGUUAGAAAAUGGAAGAACACGGUUUUACUUUUUAAAAUGUUGCAUGUUUCUGCCCUUUCUGGAGAUGAUGACUAAACUUGAGGCUUUAGCCAGACUAAGGACCCUGCUAAACAGUGAAAAACACUUCCCUGAAAUUUACCAAGUUACCAUGUGCCAGCCACAGUGGACAGUCAGAGUGUCCAGCAGGCAUGCCAGCAGGACUAGAACCGCAGUGGCAGAAUGACUUACCUGAUAAUAUGAUUUAAUCACAAUAUUGAAUGGGAAAAGCAUCUGAUUUCUUUGAACAAAAGAACCUUUAAGAUCUGUUUUGACCAUAAUGUUUGGCUAUUUCCCUUAGACAAAUUGGACUACAUGUUUCUCCCUUGUUCUAUAUCCUUUAAUUCCAGAUCUCAGGAUAUUUAAAAGCUAAAAAAAAUACCCACUUCUGACUGAAAACUUGCCUUAACUGGUCCCUUAAAUAUUAAUGUUAGUAAGAUCAAGAGCUUACUAUUUUAUUAUGGUUCUUGCUUAAUUUUUAGCCGUAAAAAACUCCUUGUUCUGAUACAUGAAAGGAGAUGUGUGGGUGCAUAUGUACACCCAUGGAGUAAGAGGCUAGUUGAAUUGGACAUAUUUAUUGUGCCUUUUGUAGACCAAACCUAACCUGGGGAUAAUACUAUAUUUGUCUUGUCAUGGCUUUAUAAGAUGUGUGGAUCUUGCCCCUUUUGCUGUCCUGCUUCAUGAAACUUGGUGUAUUUGUGCAUCUUAAUGUAAAUGAAUCAAAUAAGGCUUGAUUCCCUACCUCUCACCACAAAUUCUACUUUUUGUAAGGAUUUAUUUUCCCAGACACUACAUAAAAUCUUUGUAAAAAUCUUUGCCACUUCAUCUAUUACACUCUGUACCACUGAUUAGCAGCAUUUAAAUCUUGCAAGAAUAUUUGGGCUUCUUUUAGAAACACAGACACAAGAUUUGCUCACUAGAAGUAAGUUACGAAUUGUUGGCUGUGGAGGGGUGUCAGGAUAUGGCAGUCCUUGCUCCUUUUUCCCUUUCUUUAGUGGGUUGCCUCUUGUUUUUGGUCCUAUUUAGAUUUUAUAGAUGUAAGGUUUUUCCUGUGCCUUUUUAAAUCUUUUAUCUUUUUUUUUUUUGCAGGAGGUAGAGAGGCAGGAUAGCAUGGUGUUGGGGAUUUUUCCUCCAAACAUUGCGAUGUAGUAUUUCUACCAUGUGAAUGUCAAACCCUCAGUCUAGUUGUGUUGGUUUCUCAGCAACUGAGAAUGAAUUCUGACCACUGGCCACAUCCUUUAGUUUUCAUGGUGCAUUGAUAUGCACCAUAUACCACCUUUCUUAAGGUAGUUGUAAGUUUCCUAUUGUCCUGGAGAAAAAUCACACUAUAUUGUUUCACUGUGUGCCAGAUAUUAGCAGGUACUGUGAUGGGUAGGGAAGUGCCUAUGUUUCUGGACCUAGAAGGGCAGGAAGGAUACAUACAGCUCUCUGUGAGCCUAGGCGUUACUCUGUUGGCCUGGAAUGACAAGGGAAUAAGACCACUGACAGAGAGGCUGGCCAGGCUGCACUGGUCAGACCAGGCAGUGGCUGACCUAAGAAGAUAACUUGCUUUGCUUAAAAGUAGAUGUUUAAGCGAUGCUUAACACAGGCAGUAUUAACUUCUCCUUUUGUUCAGGCCAUCAACGUGUAUUGUUAAAUUACUGCACAUCCCCCUCAAUACAAGUGUACACUGUUCAUGUUGGUGUGUGUGUGUGCGCGCGUCCCCCAAAUCUUGUUUUAUUUUUUUUCUGAAUGCGACUACGUUUGGAUGAUACCUGAGCAGGGUUGCCUUUUUUUAAUUUAUUACCAUAUAUUAUAUUAUAUUAUAUUUUUGCUUUCUUGUAACUUUAAAGUCAAAUCUUGGUAUUAUUAAAAUUGUUUUAAAAAGGAAUAAGUUGUCCAGUUGAUAUGAGGAUCACUGGUCUGUCUCUAAAAUAAUACGGAUUUUCUUUAAUUACUGUGGAAUAAUGUGCCAGCUGUGUAGUCCACACAGUGACUUUGUAUGUAGGAGGGAGAAGCAGUGAUGCUCUCCGUGGGAAGACGUGCAACACAGAUGAAGGGGACUCCGUGUACUUUAUCUACUUCAGCAGUGGAGCUGCAUCUUGGGCUUUUGUGAAUACAGUUUAGCUGCCUUGUAUAGACCUUUGAAAGAGACAUGUGAUCUAUGAAAAUUACAGUUUUCCUUUUUUUUAGGAGAUAUAUUUGCAAAAGAUCUUUCCAAAGAGAAUGUGCCACAGAUCUUUUGUUUGUUGUUCUCUGUAAUGAGGAUUAAUUUCUGUUAAAAAAAACAUACUUGAUUUGUUCACCUUCAAAUUCUUUUCACAAGAAGAUCGAGCUGUAAAAAAAAAAUUAAUAAAAAUUUAGAGAAAUCA